AUGGACACCCCUCAUCCGCCGUGCGCCCGGUGCAACCGGAUUACCCGAAGCGGCUCAUCCUACACCUUUCGACCCCGUGGCGGCGCAGUUGGAGUCACCAAGUGUUUCCGUUGCUCCCUGCGGCACUGGCCCAUGAUUCGCCGGUCCCUGAUCGCCAGCGCGGUGGUGGGCACGGCCCUCACGGCGCUGAAUCAGGGCGAUACCAUUCUUGCCGGUGAGAUCACCGCGGCGUUGGCCUGGAAAAUACCGCUAACCUAUUGCGUGCCUUUCCUGGUAGCAACCUACGGGGCAUUGUCCAACAGCCGCAACUAA